AUGCCUGUUAGAAAGCCAACAUUUCGUCGAAAUAUUAGUCAUCAUAUUACGAAUGAUUUAAUAUUUCUACCACCUCCAAUUCCACCUGUACCCACAACUUCUAAUUCAACAAAUAAUAGCGAACAUGGAUCUGUGAAUACCUCUUCGGUAGAGAAGACAACGACGAAGAAGAACAACAUCGAAGACUUAGGAGAUCAAAUGGUACCAAAAGCUAGACGUAAUACUAGCAAUCGUGCAGUCAUCGUACAUAAUGGAUUAGAUGAAUAUUAUCGUAGUUCACCAGAUGCGCCUGUUUUUCGUUAUCGUAGUAAUAAUGACAAUAACAACAGCCAUCAACGUUCUGAAGAGAAUUCAUUGCCUAGACAAUUAGAUCUUAUUUAUAUCGAUUAG